CCAACGUCCCUUGGAAGUAAGCAAAAGCCAGUCAAAAAGCACCCAAAAAGAUUCAUGAGACAAGUGAGACUUUCUUACUAGAGCCCCUGAUUGUAGCUCAGAACAAUGAGAAGGGACGCUAGAGCACAAAAUUAAAGAAAAAUUGAGAUGGGUUGGAGAGGGAUAUUGGGUUUCGAGUAUGGGAUUGUACAGGCGCCGAUGGGAGCGGAUAUCUCCGGCCCGGAGCUUGCUGCCGCUGUUGCAAAUGCCGGCGGACUUGGUCUUCUUAGAGCCCCUGAUUGGGAGGAUCCCGAUCAUGUAAGGGAAAUUAUAAGAGAGACAAGAGCCUUAACUGACAAACCAUUUGGAAUUGGAGUGGUUCUUGCAUUUCCUCAUGAGGAGAAUAUUAAAGCUAUAUUAGACGAAAAGGUUGCUGUCUUACAGCUUUACUGGGGUGAAUGCAAAGAGGAGCUGGUUCUUGAGGCACAUAAAGCUGGGGUCAUGGUUGUGCCACAAGUAGGAAGCUAUGAAGAAGCAAAAAGAGCUUAUGAUGUUGGUGUUGACGCAAUCAUGAUCCAAGGUCGGGAAGCUGGAGGGCACAUUAUUGGAGAGGAUGCCUUGACGACCCUAGUGCCCAGAGUGGUUGAUCUAGUUCAAGCCCGUGGCAUACCAGUUAUAGCUGCCGGAGGUAUAGUGGAUGAGCGUGGUUAUGUUGCUGCUCUUGCACUUGGAGCUCAGGGCAUUGCUCUAGGCACAAGGUUCCUUGCAACAGAGGAAAGCAAUGCUCACCCAAUUUACAAGAGAAAGUUGGUUGAAAUUGAUGAGACAGAGUAUUCAGAUGUGUUUGGUCGUGCUAGGUGGCCGGCACCCUCCCGUGUCCUAAAGACACCGUUCUUUAUGGAGUGGAGGAAUCUCCCUAGUAAUGAGAAUGAGAUAGGUCAACCAAUCACUGGUUAUUCAACUGUACACGGCAGGGAAAAAGAAAUUCGGCGUUUUGCGGGUUCUGCCCCGAAUGGAACAGCAACGGGAGAUAUAGAGAGCAUGGCAAUGUAUGCUGGUCAAGGUGUUGGUCUUAUAAAGGAAAUUCUGCCCGCGGGUGAAGUAGUGCGUAGGCUAGUCGCUGGAGCGCAGCGUUUGAUUCUUGAACACUUGAACAAACCAACAUGAUAGCAAGUAGCAACACUAUGAAAGUGAGCAAGUAGCUGCACCUUGCGGUCCACGCCGCAGCAAGUAACUGGUGUUUAUGUAUCUUUAAAUUGCAUUUUUAUGAUCCUAUAUUUUUUGUGCUGUUGAAUAAACGAUAUGUUUAUGAUAUAGUCAAGUAUAAACUCGUUUGAACCACAUGGAUACAAUUUGAGUUAAACGGCCAAGUUGCCAACUUUGUUUAAUUUGUUAAUUAUGGGUGAAAUGGAAUAAUUGAUUGAAUUUUAAACUUAAA